AUGGCACUACCUCAAAUGCCAGUUCACAUUCGAUCAGUCUUGCUGUUAGGCGACCAGCUUCCAACGCAAUGUCGACAACCAACAGUCACGUCCCUAUUUGAAAGUGCAAUCUUUGUGUGCUUCGACCGACCCGAAUUCAUCCCUGUGACCGUGACAUCUCCAAGUAUGGAUACCCCAGUCGAACCCCACCGCGCAUACUUGCUACGUGGCAAUCUCUUACCUCGGUUUCACGACAGCAACACGACCCUUCUGGUCACCUCGACCGCAUACGCUACCUUUGACCCCAGGAUCGACAACAAUCACCUAUCUCCACGAGCUUUAAUCUCCAGCAUCGGUAGGGUUACCGAGUGCCAUUUCUCACAGCAAGAUCAGCGGUGGAUCGUCAGGGCUCUUCACCGCGACUAUGAUCCUAUGUACACUCUCCAACGUGCCAUUAUGCGAGACAUUGGCCUCGAGCUGUUUGCGGUUGGGAACAUUUUAGGCUUCAACGGUACGAUCUUCGGGUAUGACCAAGAUCACGCCCGAUGGAUUAUACAUUUAUAUGAAGCAGAACCAAUGCAACAAUAA